CCAUACUCACCAGCCAGCGGGGCAGACAUGCUAAGAGCCAAAGAUGCUCUCCUGCGCCUGCAGCCCCUCCACAGCACAUGCCUGGCACAACUUCCAGCCUGCCAGCUUGGGUGGCGUUCGCUGCACAGGCAGCCACUGCACCCUGAGUGGUCCACCCUUGCUGAAAAGCAGCUGAAAGGCAAGAAUCCAAAGGAAUUAAUUUGGCACACCCCAGAGGGGAUCGACAUCAAGCCCUUAUACUCCAAAAGGGACACAGAAGACUUCCCUGAAGAGCUGCCAGGGGUGAAACCUUACACUCGAGGACCCUACCCAACCAUGUACACCUACAGGCCAUGGACUAUCCGGCAAUAUGCUGGCUUCAGCACAGUGGAGGAGAGCAAUAAGUUCUACAAGGACAACAUUAAAGCUGGCCAGCAGGGAUUAUCUGUUGCUUUUGAUUUAGCCACCCACCGUGGUUAUGAUUCAGACAAUCCACGUGUUCGAGGAGACGUUGGAAUGGCUGGAGUUGCCAUUGACACAGUGGAGGACACCAAAAUCCUUUUUGAUGGGAUUCCUUUAGAGAAAAUGUCCGUUUCUAUGACAAUGAACGGGGCGGUCAUUCCGGUGUUGGCAGCAUUCAUUGUAGCUGGAGAAGAACAGGGAGUGCCUCAGGCCAAGCUGACAGGGACAAUCCAAAAUGACAUCUUGAAGGAGUUCAUGGUCCGAAAUACGUACAUUUUCCCCCCAGAACCAUCGAUGCGGAUUAUUGCUGACAUCUUCCAGUACACCUCAAAGUAUAUGCCAAAAUUUAAUUCCAUUUCAAUCAGUGGGUACCAUAUGCAAGAGGCAGGAGCUGAUACCAUUCUGGAAUUAGCUUAUACUGUAGCAGAUGGCUUGGAGUACUGCAGAACUGGACUUAAAGCUGGUCUUACCAUUGAUGAAUUCGCACCAAGGCUUUCCUUCUUCUGGGGAAUUGGGAUGAACUUCUAUAUGGAGAUAGCUAAGAUGAGAGCUGGGAGGCGGCUGUGGGCUCACUUGAUCGAGAAAAUGUUUAAACCCAAGGAUCCGAAAUCUCUCCUGCUGAGAGCUCAUUGUCAGACUUCGGGCUGGUCACUCACUGAGCAGGAUCCCUUUAACAAUGUGAUCCGUACCACAAUUGAAGCAAUGGCCGCAGUGUUUGGAGGGACGCAGUCUUUGCAUACAAAUUCUUACGAUGAAGCCUUGGGUUUGCCUACGGUGAAGAGCGCUCGCAUUGCUCGGAACACACAGAUCAUAAUUCAAGAGGAGUCAGGCAUUCCUAAAGUGGCGGACCCCUGGGGGGGAUCUUACCUCAUGGAGUGCCUCACCAACGAGGUCUAUGACGCUGCUCUGAAGCUUGUUGAGGAGAUAGAAGAAAUGGGUGGAAUGGCCAAAGCUGUUGCUGAGGGGAUUCCCAAACUUCGUAUUGAAGAGUGUGCAGCCCGAAGACAAGCCAGGAUUGACUCUGGGGCUGAAGUAAUUGUUGGAGUAAACAAGCAUCAGCUAGAAAAAGAGGAGACUGUUGAAGUUCUGGCUAUUGAUAAUACUUCCGUCCGUAGCAAGCAGAUCGAGAAGAUUAAUAAGGUGAAGGCUAGUAGAGAUGAGGCAGCAGCCCAGCGCUGUCUCACUGCUCUGACGCAGUGUGCUGCUACCGGGGAAGGCAACUUACUCGCACUUGCAGUGGAAGCAGCACGUUCAAGGUGCACCGUGGGAGAAAUAACUGAUGCGAUGAAGAAGGUAUUUGGGGAGCACAAAGCCAGUGACCGAAUGGUGAGCGGAGCUUAUCGCCAGGAGUUUGGAGAGAGUGAUGAAAUUCUUCAUGCCAUCAACAGAGUUAACAAGUUCAUGGAUCGUGAGGGGCGCAGGCCUCGUAUACUUGUUGCAAAGAUGGGUCAAGACGGCCAUGACAGAGGAGCAAAAGUUAUUGCUACAGGAUUUGCAGACAUUGGCUUUGAUGUGGACAUAGGUCCCCUCUUCCAGACCCCCCGAGAAGUAGCCCAACAGGCGGUUGACGCCGACGUGCACUGUGUUGGUGUGAGCACGCUCGCAGCAGGUCAUAAAACUCUUGUGCCUGAACUCAUCAAAGAACUCAACGCACUUGACCGGCCAGACAUUCUUGUCAUGUGUGGAGGUGUCAUCCCACCUCAGGAUUACGACUUCCUGUACGAAGCUGGCGUCACCUGUGUGUUUGGUCCGGGGACUCGUAUUCCAAAAGCAGCUGUCCAAGUGUUGGAUCAUAUCGAGAAGUGCCUGGAGAAGAGGCAGCAAUCGAUGUAAUGCUGAAAUGUCGCACAACGCAACCAGCCUUCUGCUACCAAUUGCUUCCAGAAUGUAAUCGUCGGCAAGGGACGACCAGCCACAUACCUUUGGUUCCACUGCCCUGUGGCCUGGUGUUUUGUGCUUUCUAAGAAAGUUGUAAAUUCUCGGCUUGUUCUAUUUCAGGAUUAUUUAUAUAUGUACCCACAGGAAAAUUUUAUCUCUAGAACUAGGACGGCAAGGAAUGAAGGGAAUUCAGUAGGUGGGUUU